AUGCACCCGACACCCUUCCUUCUCUCCACCCUUUCUUCUCCCUCCUUUCUCCCUUCUCCUUCCAACUUCCCUUACCUCUCUAUCCUCCCUUUUUCCCUCCAUCCUCCCUUCCCCCUCCAUCCUCCUUUCCCCUUCAUCCCCUUUUUUCCCUCCAUCCUCCCUUCUCCCUCCAUCCUCCCUUCCCCCUCCAUCUUCCCUCCCUCCCCCCUACCUCCUCCCUGCCCCCUCCAUCCCCCCUUCCCCUUCAUCCCCUUUUUUCCCUCCAUCCUUCCUUCUCCCUCCUUCCUCCAUGCCACCUCCAUCCUCCCUUCUCCCUCCAUCCUCCCUCCCCCCUCCAUCCUCACUUCUCCCUCCAUCCUCUUUUCUCCUCCAUACAUCUCCAAAACCAAUAUGCAAGCAUGGUCGAUCGGCUUUGAGAAAUUGGGGAUGCAGUGA